AUGUUCACCACCACGGGAAAGACGGCGCCGCCGCAGGCGUUCAUGUCGAGCUAUGCGCCGCGAUUGCGCUCCCAUGGCAAUUCGCUCAUGUCCCCAAUCGUACCGCCGUCGAACACCCUCCCUGCACCGCGCGUGACGAAGCGUGGAACCGCUGUGCUCAGCUAUGCCGAGGACGCAUACGACGACGAUGACUUCGAGGACAGCGACCGUCCGAGGCGUGCGACUGGUCUGCGCAGCCUGCAAAGGGAUGCCACCAUGAACCUGGACCAGACAGCGCAAAUAGCAGCACUAGGGCAAGAGCUCACAGCACCUAUCGAGCAACAGGGCAUAUGGAGAGACUGGAUGGGAAGACCCAAGCGCACAUUAACGGAGAAGCAGGUGCAGGUGCAGUCUGCCCUCCCUGUCACCCUCAUUCCCAUACGGAUAGACAUGGACGUCCAGCCAUUCCGACCAGAAGCGCCCUUACCCACUCCCUCGAAUGCGCGCGACUUCGGCAUCAACGAGAGCCUGCCAGCGUACAAGCAGCCGGACGUCACGCCUGCAUACAGACUGAAGGACUCGUUCCUAUGGAACUUGCACGAGGCUCUCAUGACGCCAGACCAGUUUGCAAAGCAGUUCGUUGACGAGCUCGAUCUGCCCACAGACCGCAAGCCUCAGAUCAUCUACAACAUUGCAGGUCAAAUACGGCAGCAAUUGGAAGAGUAUGCUGGAGUUGCUCUGCAUCCGCUCUUCCACUCAACAGCUGCGCCAUCUGUCCAAGGCACUACGGCAAAGCCAACACUGCUUCCUGCGACUCGCGACGGGACUUCUACGCCGGCAUUACAGCCAACAAAUGGCGCCUCCACACCUGUCACAAACGGCGCUGCCCAGACAAAUGGUGCAAACACACCUGCACCUACCGCGAUACUAAAUGGCAUCACCGCUUCUGCCACAGCAUUACCGUCCGAAGAGCUUCACAACCCAGAUGACACAUAUCGCUGCAUAGUCACGCUGAACAUCAAUUUAAUGAACCGCCUGUACACCGACAAGUUCGAAUGGUCUUUGCUGCACCCUCCAGGUUUUGCGGAGAUGUUCGCGCAAGUCACAUGUGCUGAUCUUGGUUUGUCUGGCGAGUGGGUGUCCUCAAUGACCCAUGCCAUCUAUGAGGCUGUAUUGCGGUUGAAGAAGGAAGCUUGUGAGAAUGGUGGGCUUGUUGGUGACGGAGAGAUCGACAACGACGCUGUUGAGCCCUCAAUUGGUGCAGGCUGGAGAUAUGACCACGAGCAUCUCUGCGACGAGUGGGAGCCAAAGGUCGAGAUGCUGUCGCAAGAAGAAAUCGAGAAGCGUGAGGGUGAUCGCGAAAGGCAAAUCAGAAGGCUGCGAAGAGAGACAGCGCGCUUCUCUUCAACAGCGAACAUGUCAGGCACACCGCAGAACGAGUUCUUUAGCAACAUCGAACAACAAGAAAACAUGGGCCGUGGUGAGCGAAGCAAGAAGAAGAGGAGGUUCAGGAGUCUUAGUCCUGUGGGCCGAGACACACCUGGCGCAGGCUCCGGCUAUGGCGGGGAGGGCGGUGGCUUACAGGAAGGGGAGCGACAAACAUGGCGUUGCGCACACUGCUACGUUUGGGGUACCGCCGUCUGGGCUGUCCGCGACGGUCCACGGGGCCCGCGCACCCUCUGCCAUAACUGUGGCUACCUGUACGAACGGGACAAGAAGCUCCCACCGUGGUCGGAGAACCUGUUCUUUAACGAUCGCCCGUAUCACGAAGUCCCACAGUACCGGCCGCAGCGGUAG